AUGCUGUCGCCACCCAUUACGACUUAUUCUUCAAAGCUCCUUCUUCUUCCCUCAACAACGUCUUUGACCUUAAUCAUCUUCCCCAUCAACACGCUUCUUCUUCUUCUUCUUCAACAAUCUCACACCUCUUUCUUAUAUACCCUUUUCUCUCUUUUCAACUGCUCUUCUCAAAGUGUUCAUCCUUCACAUGUUUUCAUUCUCUUAUGCAUCAUGGGUUCUAAGAGGCCACUUGUGAUCAUGACACCACCAACAACAACAACACCUGAUAACUACCAACAAGACCCUCCCGCUGUUAUUGUUCCUGAACUUCCAACGUCGAAGUCAAGUUCCAGCAACGCCUUGCACCCAUUUGAGAACACUCUUGUUAACUCAUCAUCACGCAGAAGUUCCAUGUCCAUUCACUCUUCUGGGAGCAAGAGCAACAACUCUAUCCUUGAAGUGAGUUUGAGCGGUUCAGGAUCCAAAUCCAUACCUGUUAGGUAUGGCUCAAAGGGUGCAGAUUCUGACGGGCUAAGCGUGUCACAGAGGGAACUCAGAGAUGAGGAUGCGAGGUUAGUGUACAUAAAUGACCCUUUGAAAACCAAUGAGACCUUUGUGUUUGCUGGAAACUCUAUUCGUACAAGCAAAUACUCCCUCCUCAGUUUCAUUCCCAAAAACCUUUUUGAACAGUUCCACAGGAUUGCUUACGUGUACUUUCUCAUAAUUGCCAUUCUCAAUCAGCUUCCUCAGCUUGCAGUGUUUGGAAGAGCUGUUUCCAUCUUGCCAUUGUCCUUUGUGCUGUUUGUCACAGCUGUGAAGGAUGCGUAUGAGGAUUGGAGAAGGCACAACAGUGAUAAAAUUGAGAACAAUAGGUUGGCAUCAGUUUUGGUUGAUGGAAACUUUGUGGAGAAGAGGUGGAGGGAUGUUAGAGUUGGAGAGGUGAUAAGGAUCAAGGCAAAUGAACCCAUACCCUGUGAUAUUGUGUUGCUCUCAACUAGUGAUCCAACCGGGGUUGCAUAUGUGCAGACUAUUAAUCUAGAUGGGGAGUCCAAUUUGAAGACAAGGUACGCAAAGCAAGAGACGCGUGGUAAAGAGGGGUUUGGUGGGGUGAUUAAGUGUGAGAAACCCAAUAGGAAUAUAUAUGGAUUUCUGGCUAACAUGGAAGUUGAUGGCAAGAAGUUGUCACUUGGAUCCUCCAACAUUGUGCUUCGUGGAUGUGAGCUCAAGAAUACUAAUUGGGCUAUUGGUGUUGCUGCGUAUUGUGGGAGUGAAACCAAGGCUAUGCUCAAUAGCUCAGGAGCUCCUUCCAAGAGGAGCAGAUUGGAGACACGCAUGAAUUUUGAGAUCAUUUGGCUUUCUUUCUUCCUCGUGGCAUUGUGCACAAUCACCUCAGUUUGUGCUGCUGUGUGGUUGAAGCGCCACAAGGAUGAGUUGAAUCUGUUGCCAUAUUAUAGGAAACUAGACUUUUCAGAAGAGGGGGAAGUGGAAAGCUACGAGUACUAUGGAUGGGCGUGGGAAGUUGUCUUCACAUUCCUCAUGUCAGUUAUAGUGUUCCAAGUCAUGAUUCCCAUUUCCUUGUACAUUUCCAUGGAGCUUGUGAGGGUUGGUCAGGCCUUCUUCAUGAUCCGAGACAACAGAAUGUAUGAUGAGGAAACAAAAUCAAGGUUUCAGUGCAGGGCUUUGAACAUUAAUGAAGAUUUGGGGCAGAUUAAGUAUGUUUUCUCAGAUAAAACGGGCACACUAACUCAGAACAAGAUGGAGUUUCAAUGUGCAAGCAUCUGGGGGGUUGAUUACAGUUUUACAGAGAGCAGCAUGGAGGGUGAUCAACUUGAACAUUCUGUGGAAGGUGAGAUUUAUUUACUUCUAGUACACACCUUUUUAGCAUUGCCUUUAAUGCCUCAUGGUUUUGUUUAUGAGCGAAAUAAUAAUACUAGACGUUUGUUUUGUGUUAUUAUCUGCUUAGUGGAUGGAAAGGUCUUCCGACCAAAGAUGAAGGUGAAAGUUAAUCCAGAGCUUUUGCAGCUAGCAAGAAGUGAAUUUCUCAAUUUGGAGGGUAAACGGAUUCAUGAUUUCUUUCUAGCACUGGCAACAUGCAACACUAUUGUGCCUCUGGUUGUAGACUCACCUGACCCUGAUGUCAAGCUGAUGGAUUACCAAGGAGAAUCACCAGAUGAACAAGCAUUAGCUUAUGCUGCUGCAGCCUAUGGUUUUAUGCUAAUUGAACGAACCUCUGGCCAUAUAGUCAUUGAUAUUCAUGGACAAAGACAAAAGUUCAAUGUUUUGGGUAUGCAUGAAUUUGAUAGUGACAGGAAGAGGAUGUCAGUUAUAUUGGGGUACCCUGACAACUCUGUGAAAGUGUUUGUCAAAGGAGCAGACACAUCAAUGCUUAAUGUGAUAGAGAAGUCAUUUAGCAUGGACUUAGUAAGAGCCACUGAAGCACAUCUUCACUCUUACUCUUCCAUAGGUUUGAGGACACUUGUUAUUGGGAUGAGAGAUUUGAAUGCUUCAGAAUAUGAUCAAUGGCAUUCAUCCUUCGAGGCAGCGAGCACUGCUGUGUUUGGCAGGGCUGCGAUGCUCCGCAAGGUUUCUAGCAUUGUAGAGAAUAGUCUCAGCAUAUUGGGAGCGUCUGCCAUUGAAGAUAAACUGCAACAAGGUGUACCUGAAUCCAUUGAGUCUCUAAGGAUUGCAGGGAUUAAAGUGUGGGUUCUGACUGGGGACAAACAAGAAACUGCCAUAUCCAUUGGCUACUCCUCAAAGCUCCUAACAAGCAAAAUGAAUCAGAUUAUAAUCAACAGCAAUAACAAAGAAGCAUGCAGAAAAAGUUUGCAAGAUGCGCUUGUCAUGUCUAAAAAGCUCAUGUCCACAUCUAGGGUUGCCAACAGUGCUGGAGGAAGUUCAGAGGAGACUCCAAUAGCCUUGAUUAUUGAUGGAACCAGUCUUGUGCAUAUUCUUGAAAGUGACCUUGAAGAACAGCUAUAUGAACUAGCAAGUGGAUGUUCUGUUGUUCUAUGUUGCCGAGUUGCUCCACUUCAAAAGGCUGGAAUUGUUUCCCUUGUGAAGAAUAGAACAUCUGACAUGACUCUAGCCAUUGGAGAUGGUGCUAAUGAUGUCUCAAUGAUCCAAAAGGCUGAUGUUGGAGUUGGCAUCAGUGGACAAGAGGGUCGGCAAGCUGUAAUGGCAUCUGAUUUUGCAAUGGGGCAGUUUAGGUUUUUGGUUCCUCUCUUAUUGAUACAUGGGCACUGGAAUUACCAACGGCUGGGUUACAUGAUACUAUACAAUUUUUACAGAAAUGCUGUCCUUGUUCUAGUCCUAUUUUGGUAUGUGCUCUUCACUGCCUUCACUUUGACAACUGCUAUAAAUGAAUGGAGCACCACGUUAUAUUCAAUAAUCUACAGUUCAUUGCCAACCAUAGUUGUUGCUAUUCUAGACAAGGAUCUUGGUAAAAGGACUCUCCUAAAGUACCCUCAACUUUAUGGGGCAGGACAGAGACAUGAGGCCUACAACAAGAGAUUGUUUGCGUUGACAAUGUUAGAUACUUUGUGGCAAAGCAUGGUCAUCUUUUGGGCACCUCUCUUUGCUUAUUGGCAUAGCACAGUUGAUGUGGCCAGCAUUGGAGACCUUUGGACUUUUGGGGUUGUCAUUUUGGUUAAUUUGCACUUGGCCAUGGAUGUUGUAAGGUGGUAUUGGGUGACCCAUGUUGCCAUUUGGGGUUCUAUUGUUGCAACUUUCAUUAGUGUCAUGAUCAUUGAUGCUUUCCCCAAUCUUCCUGGCUACUGGGCCUUCUUUCAUGCUGCAGGAACUCGAUUGUUCUGGUUAUUGUUGCUUGGAAUCAUAAUAGCAGCAUUGCUUCCACGUUUGGUUGUAAAAUUUGUUUAUCAAUAUUACUUUCCUAAUGAUAUUCAGAUUUGUAGGGAAACUGAGAAGAAUGGGUAUGAGACAGUUGUUGAAAUCCACUUUAGAGUACUUCUGUUUGUGCCGGAUUUCAUUGGUUGCUAUCCGAAGGAUAGAGGUUUUGUUAUCACUUCAGAGUGUAGAAUCAUGGCCAAAGCUGAAGGUGGUAAGGAACCAAUAAAUGAACAAGCAGUUGCAAAUAUGUAUGCUUCUAUGAGGUCUGAGCUCAACCAAAUUUACUCCAAAAUAACUGAACUGGAGAUGGAAGUUAGUGAGCACAUAUUGGUCAUCAAUGCCAUUCAGCCACUUGACCAAUCUAGACGAUGCUAUCGAAUGAUUGGAGGGGUGCUUGUGGAGAGAACCAUCAAAGAGGUCUUGCCUGCGGUGCAGCGAAAUAAAGAGGGUCUUGAAGAGGUUGUUGCAAGGCUUAAUGAGGCAUUGGAAAAGAAGAAAAAGGAAAUUACUGAGUUUGAGACUAAAUAUAAAAUUAGGAUAAGGAAGGCUGAUGCUGAGGUGAAGGAUGAAUCUGGAAGGAAGGAAGGUUCUGCUCAAGGAGUUCUUGUGGGUCCUGCAGGUGGAAGUGAAUGA